CAGCUAUCGUUAAUGACCCAGAUACUCCCUCCUUUCGAACAUUUGAUUUAUAUUUGGCCCCUACAAAGCCUGAUCUAUUUGCUAGCGUUGGGGCCAUGGAAGGCUUCGCACGUGAUCGGCUUCAGGCUUCGAAAGCGCCUUCAAUCUCAUCGCCGGACUCAACAACUUCACCAUCGCCAAUCAACAGUCCUCGGACACAUCACAACUCGCCUGUCGCGAGCAAAGAAAUGCACGCUGGUACCAUGAAGACCGCGCGACCUUAUCGGUCUCACAAAUACCCGGCGUGCACUCGCUGCCACAAGCGCCGGUCACGAUGUACCAUCGAGGUCCCCGGUCAGGCUUGCUUACUUUGCCGCAUGCACGGUGUGCCAUGUUCUUCUGCCACGGCCAAGAAGGACGAACGAGUCACUCCCAGAAUUGGAUUCGUCCAUAGAUCACUCCUCGCCGACGACAAACCUCUAGAGGGCGUUUCGCACAUUGUAGGCCCGGUCAUCGCUCGCGACACUCAAAUCUUGGACCAAUAUCUACCCCCGGCAAACGGCCUCGCUGGACAUGUUCCCAUACAACCGAAUCUCGGCCGCCGAGAGUCCACCAAGCCGAUAUAUCAUACCCCCGUCCCGCCACGCAGACCUAGUCCAGCCGGUUGCAGUUGCAGCAGGAACCUUCCAGGUGAACUCGUAGACCAGGUCGAGCCCUUUGUCGACAAGUUGCUGGCCAACUAUUUCGAAAAUGUACAUCCUUGCUAUCCCAUCACCGACGAGGAGUGUGUCAUGUCCAAGCUGAAAGACAAGACCGUCAUGCAUGCGACCUUUUACGUCAACCUGAUCGCAUACGCAUUGUUCUACUGGGAUCUGUCGCCGUCACUUGCUGCUUAUGCCAGACCUGACCAGGAUGUUGCGUGGCAGACGUCAGUAGCAGCGAACAUAGCGGAUAUGCAAAAGGGCGAUCUGGCGACUAUCUUAUCUCUUUGUCUUGAUCUGGCAGGCCGGCCGUCCAGAUGCCUGCUCCACAACGUCACCAACGUUGCUCGAGCCGUCGCCUUGUCGCACGCCGUCGGAUUGAACCAUGACUGCGGCGAAUGGAAGCUUGCCGACACGGAAAAGAGACUUCGCUGGAAAGCAUGGUGGGGAGUAGUGAUACAGGACAGGUGGUUCAACUUCGCCCAAGGCACUCCUCCUUACAUUUCAAAAGGUCAUUACGACGUUCCAUUACCGACCAUGGAUCUGCUCACGUACGGAAGGAGCGGCUCGUCGAGGCACGUCCGUGGAGCAGAGGUCUUUAUACACUUGUGUCGCCUUACAGAGAUCGUCGGCGACGUGCUCCCACUCAUCUACCAUAUCCGGUCGGGCAACGACAGCAUAGCAGCCGAGCAGACAUCGAGGUCCGAGAUCGAACUCAAUCGGUGGGUGGAGGGGCGUCCGCCGUGGCUGAACCUGACCGACUUUACGACUCGUCCACCCGUCCCUGGUCUCCUCAACCUCCAACUAUGUUAUCUCUCGGUCCGCAUGCUUCUCCGUCGAAUCGCCUGGCACGAAAUCAGCCAACGGGAAAGCGACCCUUCGUCGUCGUGGUUGCUUGGGUGCCAAACUGCCGCGGAAGACAUUGUGCGCUUCGUGACGGCGCUGAGCAAGCAGGACCUGAUGGGGUUUUGGAUGCCGUACAACGCCCACCACUUCACCUCGGCCGUGACCCUCCUCCUCCGCUGCGCCCUGCAGACGAGCUACACGAACGUGCGGCUUCAGUGCAUGGCCAGCGCCAGGUCUCUCGUCGACUGCCUGAAGCGGUUCCACGAGGAGGACAAGUGGGACCUCGCCGAGACUGCCUUGUCCCAGAGCGAGUCGAUCUUGAAGAGGAUCGAAGAUGCCCUACCCAGAUCAUCGCCCAUGGCGAAUAACACCCUGACCCUGCCUUCUCCCGUGCAGAGCAACGGCAAUGAUCUCAUGGACACGCGAAUCUAUAUGGGCGGCGGCGCCGACGACGACAUGCUUGGAGAACCUCUCCCGGAAGAUGCCUUUCUCAUGCCCCAAGGUCAAGGGUCGAUUGAGGAAUUGUUUCCCGAGAUCUUUUCGGAUUUUUCAGACACUGCUCUUUUUGCGGGGUCGGCUAUUCUCAAUGAAUGAACCAUGAGACAUGAACCAUCCAGUAUGAAAGGGGCCAUGCAUGCAAACCGAAUCGAGACCAUCGAGCUUGAGGGUAUGUCGUCAACUCUAAUGUCCUGGUGGUCUUGUUUAUACGCCAACUUACAGAUUACAACCUAUACGCAGCCAUUUACUGAAAUGCUCGGCAAUAUCCCUUGAAGGACGUAUAACUGAGUCUAGCAACCGAAAAGUCACCUUCCAAUGGCAUACGAAUCACUCCUUUUAGUCGCUGUCGAAUCAAAGGUUUCGUCGUCGAAGGUCUGUUAGCCUUUCGUCAGCUUGCUUUAUAGCACACCUCAGUUCCUCAGUUUGUGGAGGUUAUCAUCUCAACGAGAGUCAGAAGGGCAAUUUUACCGUCAAAGAUCAUGAAUUAAUCGAGGAAUGUGGUCUUGGUUGUGCACCAAUACACGCACCGAAUUUCUUUUGGGUGUGCAUGUGUGUCGAUGCUUAAGAAUGCCGAGAUAUGCUUGUGUGGUCCUUCUCUUUGGAAUUAGCCUCAAGAGAAUGACAUCAAUUUGACGCACUACUCCCUCUUUUCUUACAAUUCCAGAGCCAGUGCCGGGGAGAGAGAGAGAGAGAGAGAGAGAGAGAGAGAGAGAGAGAGAGA